AUGAGCACCACCAUGACCACAAAGGAAGACCAAUCGUUGCUACCGACGAUCAGCAGUCCCAAAUACUCGGACGACGAAGAAGACUCGGAAGACAAUAGAACUCCUCUGCCACAACAACAAGAACAUCCCUAUUUUGUGCGGACAUUGUCAUUGACUCUCUCGAGUCGCAACAAGACCAAUCAUGCUCCUGGUGAUCAAGCUCAUUCCCUGGUGGGAAUUAUCUUGAUCAUGCUGGGAUCCUUUUCGUUUAGUUGCAUGUUUCUCUUUGUCAAAUUGAUGCAAGGCAAAGCCAAUUCGUUUACCGUGGCAUUUUACCGCGCAUUGGUGGAAAUUCCCAUUGCUCUCUGGUUGUGUCACAAAUCAUCACCCAACGCAACUACCUCACUCCAAGAUUUCGUGGGUCCUCCCGGUCGGGCUCGACGGUGGUUGUUGGUCCGUGGCGGCAUGGGAGGAGCGGCCGUCUUGUGCUUUUUUUACGCCAUUCAACACUUGUCCUUACCCGACGCGGUCACAUUACAAUUCACAACGCCUCCGUUUGCCGCGGCAUUCGCCGUGUGCUUUGCCGGAGAACAAUGGAAAGGUUCCGACAUGAUUGGGGCCGUUGUGUGUUUGCUGGGAGUCAUGCUCAUUGCCCAUCCCACAUGGUUGUUUGGAGACGACAACAAUAAUGACGAGGCAACACACGAACAAGAUUCGCUGGCAGCCAUUGCUGUGGCACUACUCGGUGCUGCCUUUGCUGGAUUGGCGUACAUGUCGGUCCGCAUGAUUGGGCGGGACGCCGAUGCCAAUGUCAUGGUACUCUACUACAGUUGUUUGAGUCUCCCAAUGACACUGCUGGGAUCCAAAUAUUUGACCACACAAUCCUGGAACGUGUGGGCGGGUGCCACCAAUUUGCGUGCAUGGGAUUGGUGUUGGAUGCUCUGUACCGGAUUGACGGCAUAUGCUGGACAGUACUUGGUCAAUUUGGGACUGCAAUAUGAAACCGCCGCCACCGGGACGCUCGCCACCUGUUCCCAAAUUGUAUUUACAUAUGUUUUUGAAAUACUCUUUUUGCACGAACCCAUGAGUCUCUGGAGCUUUCUUGGAACGCUACUCAUUAUUGGAUUCAUGCUGAUUGUCGGAAUCCUCAAAUUGAACGAUGCCGAACUCGGUCACGACGAACGUAUUGCAGGAGAACCAGAAGAACUCGCCAUGCUGUUUUCUUUGGAGCAUCAACAUCAUCCACCUCGCAACUCGCAACGACAACAAUCAUCCACAAGCAACUGA